AUGAAUGAGAAGUUACAGGUCCACUCAUCCAAAGCUCUAUCCCUACUCGGAGGUCAUGUUCACGAAGAGAACGGAACGGCAGCUUCCAGUACGACUACUCAAGACUCGGGCCCAUCAGCAGCUGACAAGUAUGAGAGUCCCCUCACAACAACCCGGGACAGGAUUGUGAGGCCCGCUAUUAAACGGCUAUCAGUCGCACAUCUGUGGCAAACAUUUCUACAUAUACUCCAAGUGUUCAUAUCAUAUCUGCUUAUGUUAGCGGUUAUGACAUUCAAUGUGUGGAUAUGUCUGUCCAUUAUAUUAGGCGCAGGAGUUGGCUAUUUUCUGGUCGGAUCACAAAAACCCAACACAUAUUCAGCCUUUGAAGAUCACUCAACGCUUCACGCAAUGGUUACGCGAUUUGUGGACACAAUUGACGGCAAAUCUAAUGGUUCGGUUCACAAAUAUUUUAAA